AUGGUGGGUUCAGUUAAGGUGAAUGCAAGAGUAUUGGAAGACCCCAAGGAUAUCAAAGAAGCGGCAGUUGAGCAUUUUAGUAAUAACUUCAAAGAGGAGAGAGUGAUUAGACCAGUGUUGGGGGGAGUCUUCCAUAGAAGAUUAACUUCAGCAGCUUCCCUUCAACUUGGCAUACCCUUUCAUGAAAGGGAAAUAGUUGAAGCUCUGAAAGAGUGCAGCAAUCUCAAGGCUCCGGGUCCAGACGGCUUUAAUUUUUCUUUUGUGAAGAAAGGUUGGGAGUUUAUGAAGCGCUUGGUGCUAAAAAAAUUCUCAGAAUUUCAUGCCAAUGGAAAGCUCACGAAAGGUAUUAAUUCAACUUUUGUUGCCCUUAUUCCUAAGUAUGGUGGAUUGGGUCCGAGGGAGAAAAACAUUGUUAAAGGAGUAAGGAUUGGAACUAACAGGGCUUUUGUAUCUCACCUUCAAUUCGCGGAUGAUACGAUAUUGUUCUGUAACAAUAACAUAGAGGAGAUGGCUAACAUUAAGAGAAUUCUUAGAUGUUUCCAGUUUAUGUCAAGACUGAAGAUCAAUUUUUCUAAAAGUUCGCUGUGUGGUAUCAAUGUCCCACAUCAGGAUGUCAUUUCUCUUGCUCAAGUUAUGGGGUGCAAAGUUGAUCAUCUGCCAAUUAAAUACUUGGGCUUGCCUUUGGGUGCUAAUCCCAAUAGAAUCAAGACAUGGGAUCCAGUGGUGGAGAAAAUGGGAAAGAGGCUAAGUGUUUGGCGAAGGAGGUCCAAUUCGACAGGAGGUAGACUUACAUUACUUAAUCAUUCACUUAGCAAUUUGCCCAUUUAUUUCAUGUCUAUCUAUAAAAUGCCAGUGGCUGUAGCAAAGGCUAUUGAGAAGUUGUAG